CUUCGCGCUUAUACGUUGCACGUACGUGCGCGCGUGUGUGGUGACGGGCGAGUAUUUACAAGUAUGUGACAGGGGACCCACCAGAAACAAAAAAAACAAAAUUUGCCCACGUAAAUUUAAAAAACAGGAUGUCAGAAGUGAAGAAAAAGUACGGCAGUCGCAGUCGAGAUUUUACCGACAAAAUAUUCAGCAAUUUGUUUUUUUGGUGGCUCAAAGAUCUAUUUUUCCACGGCAGAAGGCGGUUUAUCGGCCCGGACAAUCUCCCCGACGCUCUACCCGAAGAACUGAGCGAGCCACUCGGCGACGCGCUGCAACUAGCUUGGGACGAGGAGGUGAAAAAUGGCGCGGAGAACGGCACGCGACCGAGUCUCUGGAGGGCCAUCCGGAAAACCUACUGGCUGUCGUUUCUCAAGUACUUUGGGCUCUUGGUCGUCUACGACGUUGUCAAAAUAUUCCAGCCCACGCUCUUGGGCCUUUUGAUGUCGUACUUUAGACCGGCGACGACGACAACGACGGGCCAAGCUUACGCGUACGCGGCCGCCCUCGUCGUGUCGCUGGUUUUGCAGGCAAUGUUCGUGCGCCACGGGUACUUUGGACUGAACAGGAUCGGCAUGCGGGCGAGGAUAGCCUGUUCCAGCCUCGUGUACAGAAAAAUAACGCGAUUGUCGUGCAGCGCGGCGAGAAAAACGAGCGCCGGUGCUGUGAUAAAUUUGUUGUCGAACGACGUCGCCUACUUCGAGACGUUGACGGCUUACCUGCCCUUCCUGUGGAUAACCCCGGUUCACCUGUUGGUGGCCACGUAUUUGAUUUGGCGGUACAUUGGCGCCGCGUCCCUCGUCGGCAUCGCCCUCAUGGUCCUUCAGAGCAUCCCGCUCCAGAUUUUUCUUUAUAGAAUAUCAUCCAAGCUGCGCUCGAAAUUGUCCGCGCGGACGGACAAGAGGAUAUCCCUGAUCGGCGAAGUCAUCGGUGGCAUCGGCACCAUCAAAAUGCACGUCUGGGAGCGGCCCUUCGAAGAGCUCGUGUACGCUUACAGAAAGCAAGAGAUACGCGUGUACCUCAAGAGAGCGUACGUGGCGUCGUUGAUACCCGCUAUCGGCGCUUUCGUGUACCGCGUGUCCGCGUUUUUCACGGUACUGGCGUACACCUUGAAAAACGACAUCAUGCCGGCCGAAAAAAUUGUACCCGUGGCCCAGCACUUGUUUAAUUUGAGGAUCAAAUCUUUCACCAACGCCAUUAAAUCGAACGCCGACGUCAACGUCUCGAUGCGACGGAUCGAGAACUUUUUACUCCUCGACGAAGUCGGAUCGAGAGUUGAUAAACUCGAUUGUGGAAGCGGCGAUACAAGCGUGUCGAUAAACAACGUGGUGAUCACUCGGGAGCCCGGUGUAACGGACAAGAGCAACGGUGGACUGACAAUCGACGUGGGCACGGGCAAGCUUUGCGCCGUAUCGGGCAAAGUUGGAUCCGGAAAGAGUAGCCUGUUGAAGUUGAUGCUGGGGGAGUUGCAACCGGUUUCCGGGCACGUGGCGGUUCGCGGGCGGGUUUCCUACGCCGGUCAGGAGCCGUGGCUGUUCAGCGGCUCGAUCCGGGAGAACAUCGUUUUCGGCGACACCUUCGACGAGGAGCGGUACAUCCGAGCCGUGGAGGCUUGCGCGCUGGCCGAGGACUUUGAUCGGUUGGCCCACGGGGACAAGACGCUCGUCGGCGAACGAGGCUCCGCCUUGAGUGGCGGUCAAUGCACCAGAAUCAACUUGUGCAGAGCUGUUUACCGAGACGCCGAUGUUUACUUGUUGGACGAUCCCUUCUCGGCCACCGACACCACGGUGAACCAAAUACUUUUCGAAAAGUGCAUAAAUGGCCUGUUGAGGGAUAAAACUCGAGUCCUCGUGACUCACGGUUUGCAGCACUUGAGCGACGACGACCACGUGAUAUUGCUCGAGCAGGGCAGGGUUGAGUUUCAGGGCUCGUUAUCGGACUUGAAAAAGAGCGACCUGUCGGCCAGAUACGCCUACUGCGGCGCGUCGAUCGGCAAACCGGAGAAUCCAGAGUCAAAGGAAGAUAUCGACCCAAGUUGCGGCAGAGUGUCCCUCGUGCCUUCCAAGUCAUGCGAGGAGCCCAAGGAGACGGAGGAGCUGAUCGCGAGGGACAAAAUCGACAAGUCCCUCUACUGGAAGUACAUCCGCGCGAGCGACUCCCACUGCACGAUAUUUUGGCUGCUUUUGUUCUUCACGGUGGCCCUACUCUCGAGUUCCGGCUUCGACUACUGGAUCGUCGCGUGGACCAAGCGGGAGGAGACGCGUCUGCGAGACGUCGACAACGAUCAACCGGCCGCGUCGUCCUCUUACGUUCGAGUGUUGCUGUACGUGUGCGGCAGUUUGCUCGGCACCCUCGUCGUCUCGUCCGUCGUCAAGAACGUCCUGUCCUACAAGGUCCUGCUCGACGCCAACAAAAAAAUACACAACGGCAUGUUCGCCUCGUUGGUUCGAGCCCCCCUCUGGUUCUUCCAGGUCAACCCCGCGGGUCGGAUAUUGAAUCGGUUCUCCAAGGACACGGGAGCCGCGGACGAGGUGUUUACGAGAGUGGUAUUCGACUCGGUCGACUUGUUGUUCGUCAACGUGGCGAUAAUACUCCCGAUUUUGGUUGCCGAUUGGAAAAAUGCGCUCCCAAUGCUCCUCGUCGCCUGCGUCCUCUUCAAACUGAGCGAACUUUACGUCCCGACCGCCCAGGCCAUCAGAAGACUCGAGGGAAAUGCUAAAAGUCCGGUGCUGUCGAUCGCGGCCUCGUCCCUGUCGUCGGGCAUAUUGACGAUCCGAUCGUGCGGGGCGGAAAAGAUCGUCCGGCGGACCUUCGACUCUCGCCAGGACCGGCACACGGCAGCUCACUUCCUCGGCGUCGCUGCAAAUUCGGCCUUCAGCCUCUGGGCGGAGCUACUGGUGGGCGGCCUCUUCGUCCUGGCGGUCUUCCGCUACCUCUGCCUCGAGAGCCCCGAAGAGCGAAGAUCGGCCAGCGACGUUGGCCUCGUUCUCAUGCAGUUGCUCAAGGUCUCGAUGAUGCUGCAGUUCGCCAUGAGACAGGUAUCCGAGACGAUGGUCCAAAUGGCCAAUGUCGAGCGCAUGUUCCAGUUUACCGAGUUGGAGCGCGAGGGCCAGCCCAACGGCGCUUACCGAUCAAAGAUUGAAAAGGCUUGGCCCACGCGGGGAGAAUUGGUCUUUGAGAACGUGUCUCUGAGGCACAGCGACCGAAAGGGCGAGGAGCCCGUACUCAGGAACUUGAACUUCAAAAUCGAGCCCCGAAUGAAGGUUGGUGUGGUCGGUCGUACCGGGGCUGGUAAGUCGUCCUUGAUAUCGGCUGUCAUGCGGCUCGCAAGAACCGAGGGCCGACUGAUGAUCGAUGGCUUGGACGUCGGGACGAUCGGUUUGUCCGAUCUUCGCUCAAAGGUAUCGGUAAUACAACAGGAGCCGAUAUUAUUUUCCGUGCCGUUGCGCGACAAUGUCGAUCCUUUUCACGAGUACGACGACGCUAGUCUGUGGUCCGCCCUUCGGGAGGUCGGGCUCGACAGGACGUUCGAGUCGUUGGACCAACCGAUCAGCCGCGCUGGUGCCGAUCUCAGUGCCGGUCAGCGCCAACUGCUGUGUCUCGUUCGAGCUGUCGUGAAAAACGACAAAAACAAAAUUGUCGUUCUCGACGAAGCCACUGCCAACGUCGACCCAACCACCGAUGCCCUCAUUCAAAAGACCAUAAAGGACACAUUCAAGGAUUGCACGGUGCUUACAAUAGCGCACAGACUGAACACGAUUAUGGACAGCGAUAGGGUGUUGGUGAUGGACGCAGGUGAGGUUGUGGAAUUCGACCAUCCUGCAGUCCUGCUAAGGAGAGGAGGUCGUUUCGCGGAAAUGGUUCGACAGACGGGCUGUGCGAUGGCUCAACAACUAAAAGGGAUUGCUGAAGAGAAUUACAACAAAAAUCGUCGAGUCGAGCAAAGGUGAUGAUGAGCAAGAGUGGCAGCUGACAAAGUGACGUCAAUAUAAAAGAAAAAGCAAAGAUAUAUUGAACGUUAUACGGAAAUUUUACAUAAAACGUACAACGUGUGUUGGAUAACACAUAUAUGUAUAUCCAAUGUUCACAACGGUGUUGAUUUUUUAAUUUAUUUUCGUACCCCAAAGUAUUGUACGUCUGUUCUAAUUUAUUGAUAUAAGUGCGUGAUUUUUAUGUACGAAU